AUGCACAUCUGCCCCUAACCCGCUAGUUUUGUUCAGGACCACGCCAAAUUCAGUCAGUGACAUGAUAUCAUACAGAGAGUUUCAAAAUUUUUUCAUUCCGCUGAAUAAGACAUGUAUAACGAUGAGUUUCCUCAAAAACAACAUGUUUUACGCGGAAACAACAACCUGGUUUCAAAAGAGGGCAUACAGUGGCGGGGCAACCGGAUCACAGGGACCGCAACAGGGGGAGAGUUUGGGGGCAAUGGGGGCUGCGGGGGCACAGAGGAAGGCGAGAAGGGGACAGAAACUGCGUCCGCAGGAGUGCGCGACAAGCUGGAGGGGCAGAGCACAGCUGAGGAUGACACUAUUCACCUCAAGAGACGGGUGGGACUCUUCAGUGGGGUGGCUUUAAUUGUUGGAACUAUGAUAGGGUCUGGAAUUUUCGUUUCCCCUUCUGGUCUACUCGAAAGAACUGGAUCAAUUGGGAUGAGUUUCGUGCUUUGGAUGGCGUGUGGGAUACUCUCGUUACUAGGUGCCCUGGCCUACGCGGAACUGGGAACCAUGAACACCUCCUCCGGCGCCGAAUACGCCUACUUCAUGGAUGCCUUCGGCGCACCACCGGCCUUCCUAUUCUCCUGGGCGAGUACCCUGGUACUGAAGCCGUCCCAGAUGGCGAUCAUAUCCCUGAGUUUCGGCAAAUACGCCGUCGAAGCGUUUGUUAUCGAGUGCGAACCCCCCGAGAUUGUUGUGAAGAUGGUAGCCCUGCUGGCCAUGGUUGUCAUCUUGUAUAUAAACUGUUAUAGUGUUAAUCUUGCCACCAGUGUGCAAAACAUUUUUACAGCUGCGAAACUGGUCGCAGUUGCUGUUGUGAUUUUGGGAGGAGUGUAUAAGAUAUUCGAAGGAAAUACUCAACACUUACGAGUACCUUUCAGGGGAACCAAGUAUUCAUUUGGCAAUAUUGCGACGGCGUUUUAUACGGGCUUGUGGGCCUACGACGGUUGGAACAAUCUCAAUUACGUGACGGAGGAAAUAAAGAACCCUUCAAGGAAUCUUCCACGCAGCAUCGUCAUAGGAAUACCCCUGGUAACAGUGUGCUACGCCCUCAUCAACGUUUCGUAUCUGACCGUCAUGUCGCCUUUGGAAAUGAUGACCAGCGAGGCUGUAGCUGUUACCUUCGGUAACAGGGUCCUGGGGGCCAUGUCCUGGCUGAUGCCCCUGUCCGUGACCAUAUCCACUUUCGGCGCAGCCAACGGAACCUUGUUCGCAGCCGGGAGGCUGUGUUUUGCCGCCAGCAGAGAGGGCCACCUCAUGGAUAUACUGUCGUACGUCCACAUCAAGAGAUACACGCCCGUACCGGGUCUGAUCUUUCAGACGCUGAUAGCCGGCGCCAUGGUCAUGUACGGAACCAUCGAUUCCCUGAUCGAUUUCUUCAGUUUCACCGCCUGGAUCUUCUACGGGGGAUGCAUGGCUGCGCUGAUUCUGAUGAGAUACACCAAGCCAAACUACCCUAGACCCUAUAAGGUACCAAUUAUCAUUCCAUCUUUUGUACUUGUGAUCUCUGUAUACCUGAUAAUAGCACCUAUAAUUGACAACCCCACAAUUGAGUACCUGUAUGCAGCUUUAUUCAUACUAGGAGGCAUGGUAUUUUAUGUUCCUUUCGUCCACUACCAAGUAAAGACUCCAUUCAUGGACGGUGUGACAGUAUUUCUACAGAUGGUAUUCGAAGUUGCGCCAACUUCAACUAUCCUCGAAUAGGAAAAAACUUAGUAUUGCCCGAUCAAAUCCGCUAGUGCAGUCUCAAUCGGUUGAUUUGCUAGGAGAAUUGAAGAAAAUUUCGAACCAUAUCCAUUUUUGUCAAUUAGAGGAACAGAAAGAGAAUAUAGGGACUGCACGAGUCGUCGAUGGUAAUUUUGUAGCCAUAGUAGAAGGGCUUUAGUGGAAAAAUGCAGAGGUCAUGUUAUCAUUCCGGCUUUUUUAGGUUUUUUACUUUCUUAUAAACGAACCAAUGAAAAAAGUGUUUUAUUAUCUAACAAAGUUUGUACACCGAAAAACUGGAAACGUUAUAACUGAAAUUGAUAUUUUAAUAUGUAUCUAACAUGUGACUGAAUAAAAAUUGUUGUUGAGAA